ACAAAUUUCCGUAAGAGAGGAGCCUGACAGUCAAAGGGAAAAUAAUUGAAAGCAACGCGUCUGUGUAUUUACGGUCCUGACAGAAAAGAAAAAUAAGAAUAGCAGAAUGUAAAUCUUGACAAAUGAUAUUUAAAAAACUAUGUGUGAAGAGAUGAUGCUUCAGUUCGUGUAUAGCAGCUUCUCUUCAUUCAGGUGUGAGAGGAAGCAGCAGCUGCUCGACACGAUACACGGAUACACGCGCUAGCUUUGUUAAACAUUUACUCUAUGAAUCCUAGAAACAUUUCAACAUGUCUACGAAAGCAGAGCAAUUUGGCUCUAAGAUUCGAUACUUGCAAGAGUAUCACAACCGUGUGCUUCACAAUAUUUACCCAGUGCCGUCCGGAACAGACAUUGCAAAUACUCUGAAAUACUUUUCUCAAACUCUGCUCAGCAUCCUGUCCCGUACAGGCAGGAAGGAGAGCCAGGAAGCUUCCAAUUUGGCCGUGCCCAUGACCAUGUGUCUUUUUCCUGUGCCAUUCCCACUCACCCCAUCUCUAAGACCACAAGUCAGUUCCAUCAACCCUACAGUUACUCGAUCCCUCCUUUACAGCGUUCUGCGGGACGCCCCGGCCGACCGGGGUGGUGCCACCCAGCAGAGUCGGGAGGUUCAGCUCUCAGAUUACCCCUCAUUGGAGUAUCAGGGUCUCUAUGCCACUCUCGUCACCUUGCUUGACCUGGUGCCCCUGCUGCAGCACGGUCAACACGAUCUGGGACAGGCCAUAUUUUACACUACAACCUGUCUUCUGCCUUUCCUCAGUGAUGAUAUUCUCAGUACUUUACCCUACACCAUGAUCUCCACUUUAGCCACCUUCCCUCCGUUCCUGCACAAAGACAUCAUCGAGUACCUGAGCACAUCUUUCCUCCCCAUGGCCAUAUUGGGUUCAACUCGAAGAGAGGGUGGAGUUCCAGCAUAUGUCAAUCUGUCUGCCUCAUCCAUGUUGAUGAUUGCCAUGCAGUACACUUCAAAUCCAGUAUACCACUGUCAGCUUUUGGAGUGUCUUAUGAAGUACAAACAGGAAGUAUGGAAGGAUCUACUGUAUGUCAUAUCUUAUGGUCCAUCCCAAGUCAAACCUCCGGCUGUUCAAAUGCUCUUCCAUUACUGGCCCAACCUCAAGCCUCCAGGUGCCAUCAGUGAGUACAGAGGACUGCAGUACACAGCAUGGAACCCUAUUCACUGUCAACACAUUGAGUGCCAGAAUUCUAUUAACAAGCCUGCAGUGAAGAUGUGUAUUGAUCCAACGCUUUCGGUUGCUCUGGGUGACAAACCACCUCCUUUAUACAUCUGUGAGGAGUGCAGUCAGAGGAUUGCUGGUGAUCAUGCUGAGUGGCUCGUUGAUGUCCUUUUGCCCCAAGCUGAAAUUUCUGCUAUAUGUCAGAAGAAGAAUUGCAGCUCUCAUGUCCGACGGGCCGUUGUCACCUGCUUUUCAGCUGGCUGCUGUGGUCGCCAUGGUAACCGGCCUGUGCGCUAUUGCAAGCGUUGCCACGUCAACCACCACAGCAGCGAGGUGGGGGCAUCAGCAGAGACUCAUCUGUACCAGACGUCCCCCCCGCCCAUCAACACACGCGAGUGCGGCGCAGAGGAGCUGGUGUGCACUGUGGAGGCUGUGAUCAGUCUGUUAAAAGAGGCAGAGAUUCAUGCGGAACAGAGAGAGUUUGAACUGAACCGACGGCGUCAGAUGGGUCUGUCUACAUCCCAUCAUUCCUUAGACAACCUGGAGUUUGACAACAAAGAAGAUGACCAACAUGACCAGAGAUUACUCAGCCAGUUUGGCAUCUGGUUUCUGGUGAGUCUGUGCACACCUAGUGAAAAUACACCAACUGAGAGCCUGGCACGAUUGGUCAGUAUGGUCUUCCAGUGGUUUCACUCCACGGCCUACAUGAUGGACGACGAGGUGGGCAGCCUGGUGGAAAAGCUCAAACCUCAGUUUGUCACGAAGUGGUUGAAGACGGUUUGUGACGUGCGCUUUGACGUCAUGGUCAUGUGUCUUCUGCCCAAACCAGUUGAGUUCGCCCGGGUGGGUGGUUACUGGGAUAAAUCCUGCAGCACAGUGACACAACUCAAGGAAGGACUGAAUCGCAUCCUCUGCUUGAUUCCCUAUAACGUCAUCAGUCAGCCGCUGUGGGAAUGUUUCAUGCCCGAGUGGUUGGAGGCCAUCCGCACGGAAGUUCCCGACCAUCAGCUGAAGGAGUUUCGUGAGGUUCUCAGUAAGAUGUUUGACAUUGAAUUGUGUCCGCUGCCAUUUUCCAUGGAGGAGAUGUUUGGAUUUAUCAGCUGUAGAUUCACUGGAUAUCCAGCAUCCGUACAGGAGCAAGCUCUGCUGUGGCUUCAUGUCCUGUCGCAGCUGGAUAUUGUGGUUCCUCUACAGCUACUUAUUGGCAUGUUUUCUGAUGGUGUAAACUCACUUAAGGAACUGGCCAAUCAGAGGAAGAUGAGGGCUGCAGACUUGUCUGGAAAUGCAGGACCCAGAAGGGUGAGUGUAGUGUCAGACCCCGGCAGAAGGGGGCAGCACAAUAACCUGAGUCCAUUUCCCAGUCCGUUCCGCAGUCCUCUACACUGCAGCCCCUUCAAGAACCUCGGACACGCCGCAGGCAACUGCGCUCUGGAUCUCGAUUGUGAUGAUGACGAUAUAAACCUGGGCUGCUUCAUUCUGAUGUUUGACCUCAUCCUUAAACAGAUGGAGCUCCACGAUGAUGUCGUGUUGCUGGGUUUGGAGAGCAGUCUUGGACGGGAUAUUGUGGCCAUUAUAAACAGUGUGUUGCAAGCACCUUGGGGGGGUUCACACACCUGUCAGAAAGACGAGAAGCCAAUGGAGUGCAACCUGUGCCAGUCCAGUAUCCUGUGCUACCAGCUGGCCUGUGAUCUGCUGGAGAGAUUGACACCCCGCGAAGAGAUAAGGCUGGUGGAGCCGUCAGAGUGUUUGGAGGACAGUUUAGUUUUUCCUCAGGCAGAAUUCACUCUCAAAUCAGAGAACGGAGCGGACGAAGGAGACGCAGAAAACUCUGACAGCUCCAAUCCUUCACCUGAAAUCCACCCGUUAAAAAACAGUGUGGACAAGAAGUUCUCCUACCAGCAGCUGCCUGCACACCUGAAGCUUCUCUACACCAUUCUGCAGGAGAUGAAUAAGUUUGAGGAGCCAGACAUUCUCUUCAACAUGCUGAGCUGUCUGAAAAUCCUGUGUUUACAUGGAGAAUGUCUGUAUCAUGCCAGAAAAGAUCACCCACAAUUCCUGGCCUACUUACAGGAGAAAAUGCUCAUUCCCAGCUUGUGGUCCAUGCUGAAGUCUGAGAUUUGUCAGCUGGCGUCUCUGGCUGUACCUCAGCUUCUUCAUGCUCUUUCUCUCUCUAAUGGUGCUGAUAUUUUCUGGAGGUUGGUGGACAGCAGCUUCAACAGCAAAGACUGGAAGAUUCGCUUUGAAGCAGUGGAGAGGGUGGCAGUACUGUGCCGGUUUCUGGAUAUCGGUUCAGUUACAAAGAGUCACUUGCUUAAAUAUUCUCUGGCCCAUGCAUUCUGCUGCUUUUUGGCCAGCGUUGAGGAUGUGAAUCCCGCAGUGGCCACCAGAGCCCGACUACUGCUGGACACCAUCAAACGACCCUCGCUGCAGGUGCUGUGUCUGUGCCUGGAUUUCCAGUUUGACACGGUGGUCAGAGACCGGCCCAUAAUUCUGAGCAAACUGCUGCUGCUACAUUCCCUGAAACAGGAGAUUCCCGCUCUGAGUUGGGAAUUCUUCGUCAACCGCUUCGAGACGUUGUCGCUCGAGGCUCAGCUCCACCUGGACUGCAAUAAAGAGUUCCCUUUUCCUACAACCAUCACUGCAGUGAGGACAAAUGUUGCCAACCUGAGUGAUGCCGCCCUGUGGAAGAUCAGACGCGCUCGUUUCGCCCGGAAUCGUCAGAAGAGCGUCCGGUCUUUACGCGACAGUGUCAAGGGUUCGGCAGAGUCCAAGCGGACGUUGUCUCUCCCUGAAACGCUCUGCAAUAAACUUCCUCUGAGAUUCACAAGACAAGAGCAGUCGGCACCCACACUGGGAAAUAUGCUAGAAAAAGUCCUCGCAGGUGAGAGCACUUCUCCAGAAGACGACUCCAUCAUUAAAGAUCUCCUGCCUGAAGAUGCGGGUAUAGACCACCAGACUGUGCACCAGCUAAUCAUGGUGCUUAUGAAGUUCAUGGCCAAAGACAAAAGCAGCGCAGAGACGGACAUCGGCAGCGCCAAAGCCUUUAACACAGUCAAGCGCCAUCUCUAUGUCCUGCUGGGAUACGACCAACAGAUGGGAUGUUUCAUGAUCACCCCUCAGAAAAUGCGUUCCUCCACCUGCUUCAACGCCUUCAUUGCAGGAAUCGCUCAGGUUAUGGACUACAACAUCGGUCUGGGUAAGCAGUUGUUGCCGCUGGUGGUGCAGGUCCUAAAAUAUUGCACGUGUCCGCAGCUCAGGCCGAACUUCCAGGAGCCUCCACGUUGCUCGCUGUGGGCCCUCAAACCUCACAUCAGACAGAUGUGGCUCAAGGCUUUGCUCGUCAUCCUCUAUAAGUAUCCAUAUAGAGAUAUGGACGUGAGUAAGGAUGUGGUCCUUCAUCUCAUCCACAUCACCAUCAACACCUUGAACGCUCAGUACCACAGCUGCAGGUCGCAUGUGUCCGCUGGCCCGCUGUACAGUGACAACUCCAACAUCAGCCGCUAUAGUGAGAAAGAGAAAGAGGAAGACAGCGUGUUUGACGAAUCUGACAUCCAUGAUACUCCAACGGGAGCCGCCAAUAAGGAAUCACAGACCUUCUUCGCUCGCCUCAAACGGAUCGGGGGCAGCAAGUCCGUCAAGUAUCAGCCUGUGGAGCUUAACGCUCAGAGGAGUGAGAUCGAGUUAGCCGAAUACAAGGAGGGAGGUACGCUGCAGGACGCUCUGUUGUAUCCUGCCAGAGACGACAGCAGCAGCAAGAAAAAGAGACUGCAAGCCAUGCACAAGCAGAAAUCUCUGGACAUCGGCAACACAGACUCUAUCCUCUUCAACCUGGACGAGCAUCGCCGCAAGUCCUGCAUCGACCGCUGUGACAUGCAGGGUCCUGCAGCCGUACAUCCGUCGUCUUCCUCCUCUGUAACCAGACAGCAGCACAGAGCUCAGCGGCAUGGGAAAAACUCUUCAAACGGCCACUCGGUUGUGGAUCGAAGAGACUCCGCUGCGCCGCAUGACAACGUCAGACCGGUUAUACCAGAGGUGCGUCUGAGCUGUAUGGAGACGUUUGACGAUAAACCCACCGGUCUGCCGGACUCGCCGCUGACGGUGCCGGGCCGACCUCAUCCUGACAAAGAGGAUCCAGACCUCAUAGACCUGUCUUCAGACUGCACGUCCAUCCCAGAAAAGCAUUCCAUUCUCUCGCUGUCCGAUAGCGACUCUCUGGUGUUCGAGCCUCUGCCUCCUCUGCGCAUAGUCGAGAGCAACGAGGACUUGUUUGAGGCCCUCAAACUCCCCAGCUGUGUGCUUAGCAAACCUGACGAUUCCAACACCACCACGGUACACCUGUCUCCGCUCGUUCAAGUCAGCGUAAAGGAUUGCUCCGAGCACGACCGGAGCUGCGCUCCAGCCGGGGAGAAUGUCGGCUGCGGGACCCAAGUCAGACCCCCCGCGGUCACGUCGAAAGCGUCUCUGGAUCUCCUCGACUCCACACCUCAUCAAGAGAGCACCAUGACUCUAAAACAAAAGAGAGAUCUUUUCAAAAAGACGUCACGUGUACCGAACGCAUCCUUGGAUGAUUCUUGCGUGCAGUCCGAGGACAACUCUGGGACGAGACCCGUCUUUCUGCACGUCAGUCUGGACGCGCUCACAUCAUUGAAUCCGUUAACGGUGGAAGAAGCCGGAGGAGGUUUUCGUGCUGGAGAUGAUGAGGAGACUGAUGAGAGAGACAGUGACACCAAACCUGACGAUGAGAGCGAUGAGGCGGAAUUUAAGAUCCAGAUUGUGCCACGACAGCGCAAAGAAAGGAAGAUCGCUGUCAGUGCAAUCCAGAGGGAAUAUCUGGACAUCUCUUUCAACACUCCAGACAAAAUGCGAGAGCCAGCCACCGAAUCAGUUCAGUCAUCAGAUCAGAUAUCUCUGUCGAACCUGGAGAAGCCCCGAGAAUCGGCCUCUGCUCCGGCCUUGGAGGCCACCGUCCCUGAAACCAGCCACCGCUCUUCAGUGUCCACUCAGUAUCGUCAGGUGAAGCGAGGCUCACUGGGCGCAGUCACUAUGUGUCAGUUAAUGAAGAGACAGUUGGAGCAUCAGUCCAGCGCGCCACACAACAUCAGCACCUGGGACACGGCAGGUCUUACAAAGACCAGUCUGCUCUCGGCUCCGAGUACCGCCAGCAUGUUCGUUCCUGCGCCCGAAGACUUCGGCGAUGAGCAGCCCAGCGCAAUGGCCGACAGGUGUCGGGAUUGCGGGGCGGUUUUAGAGGAGUACGACGAGGAGACUUUAGCUCUGGCUGUGGUGGUUCUGUCCAUGUUCAUCCAUCUGAGUCCUGACCUGGCCGCUCCGCUGCUGUUGGAGAUCAUGCAAUCUGUGGGCAGGUUGGCCUCAAGCUCCAACUUCACGGGCCAGGCUGAAAACAUGCUGAUACCUGGUAAUGUCGCUGGUGUGGCCAAGCAAUUCCUGCGCUGUGUUUUGCACCAGCUCGCUCCCAACGGCAUCCUGCCACAACUUUUCCAGAGCAACAUUAAAGAUGGAAGUUUUCUACGCACGCUGGCCACAUCACUUAUAGAUUUCAAUGAGCUGAGCUCUAUAGCAGCGCUGAAUCAACUCCUGGAGGGGUUGAAUGCUAAGAAGACUUUACCAGCAGGAGGCACAAUACUGCACUGUCUUGACAACAUCGCCACCUUCAUGGAGACUCUUCCCAUGGAUUCCCCCAGUAACCUCUGGACGACCAUCUCCAAUCAGUUUCAGACGUUUUUAACUAAACUACCUUCUGUUCUGCCACUCAAGUGCCUGUUGGACUCAAGUCUGAGAAUCAUUAUUUGCUUGCUAAAGAUUCCCAUCACAAAUGCAUCAAGAAGUCUGUUGGAUCCCUUCUCUAAACUCAUGAGUUUUGUCAUCCAGUAUGGGGUUUUUAAUCUCUCUUAUGUCGUAGAGAUCUGCGGUUUAUGCUACAAAACCUUCAGCAAGGAAAGAGACAAAUACUACAUGUCACGUGUUGUAGUUCUGGAGUUACUUCAAGCUCUAAAAUUCAAGUCGUCUGUUCCUGACACAAACCUGCUGCUGCUGGUCCAGUUUGUCUGUUCAGAUAUCGGUACGCGGUUGGCUGAAUCCACUAUACUUCAGAAGCACAUGAUAGCUGCUUUACCUGGGUGUACAACUGCUGCGAUGGAGUGUUUAAGACAAUAUCUCAGUGAGAUCUUAGACUUCAUAGCAGACAUGCACACGCUCACCAAAUUAAAGAGUCACAUGAAAGCGUGCUGUCAGCCACUGCAUGAAGACACAUUUGGUGGGAAUCUGAAGGUCGGUCUGGCUCAGCUGGCAGCCAUGGAGAUCAGCAAAGGCAACCACAGAGACAACAAAGCAGUCAUUCGCUACUUGCCGUGGCUUUACCAUCCUCCUUCUGCUAUGCAACAGGGACCUAAAGAGUUCAUUGAAUGUGUGUCGCACGUUCGACAGCUGUCAUGGCUUCUUUUGGGCUCUCUUACCCACAGUGCUUUGCAUCAGGGCUCAACGCCUUGCAUGCCCAUUCCACUGGAUGCUGGAUCUCAUAUUGCCGAUCAUCUCAUCGUCAUCCUCAUAGGAUUCCCCGAGCAAUCCAAGACAUCGGUUCUCCACAUGUGCUCGCUGUUUCACGCCUUCAUGUUCGCUCAGCUGUGGACCAUCUACUGUGAGCAGGCCUCAGCCGCCCCGACCAAUCAGAACCAGAACGAGUUCUCGUCCGGCGCCAUCCUUACGGGUCUGGAGUUCUGGAGUCGUGUAACUCCCAGCAUCCUCCAACUGAUGGCCCACAACAAAGUGAUGGUUGAGAUGGUGUGUUUGCAUGUCAUCAGCUUAAUGGAAGCUUUACAGGAGUGUAACUCAACCAUUUUUGUAAAAUUAAUUCCCAUGUGGCUGCCAAUGAUUCAGUCCAAUCUAAAUCAUCUGUCUGCGGGUCUUCAACUGCGUCUACAAGCAAUUCAGAACCGAGUAAACCAUCAGUGUCUGCAGAGUCCCGGCUGUUCGUCGUUCUCUCUCACGCUGCGAAAAUGGCUUCAGUGCACUCAGUUUAAAAUGGCCCAAGUAGAAAUCCAGUCAUCUGAAGCGGCUUCUCAGUUCUACCCAAUGUGAACGGUACAGCAGCAAACUGUGUGUUUUUAUCUCAGCUGCUGGAGAAACUUAUACAGACUCCCUGUUUGAGCAAACGCAUCUCUCUUCUUUUCAAAUAACCUCACUACCUAGAAAGUUGACAGACUAUAGCUGUGUCCCAAUUCAAGGGCUGCGACCGAUUGCGUCACAGCAGCGUAAAUUAUGGCUAUCCCAAGAUUCAUUGCGCGCCUGUAACGGCUGCAUAUAAUGGCUGGAUAUUCUAAAAUAAACAAUGAAAAUCUUUAAUAAAGAAAAUUAUAUAUCAGAAAAAAAUUUUCUUGUCACUGUUUUAGUAUUAUAAGUUAUGUUUAUUCUUUUUAUGUUGUGUAUAUUUUUAUGUUGUGUUUGUUAAUCAGGUAUACUGUUAAAUAGUUGAAUCUACAUCAACUUGUCAUAUUUUCUAAAAUAAAUUAAUAUUUUUCUGAUUCUAUAUUUAUUUUAAUAAGUCAGACACGUCUUCCCUGUGUCCUGCUAACAGCAAGUGACGGAAAUGAUGGGUCCUCCAAAGGUUAGACCGUCUCAUUUCAGUUCUCUUCACGGACUUCUGAGGCUUCCACCUUGAAAGACUGAGUGCUCGCCUUUUAAGGUCGUUAGGGUUAGAUGAUCGCAGCCCUUGAAUUGGGACACAGCUUACAUAAUGGAGUACAGUAGUGUACUGCCCUACAAAGACAAAUUACUUUAACUCCUUUUACCACACUGUAGUGAGUAAAGGUUUUUAACUCUGUGUGUGCGAGUGCGGGUGAGUGUGUGUACGUGCGUGCGUUGAUGUGUGUGUGUGUGUGCGCGCGCGCACGUGAGUGUGCAUGUGUGUACGUGCGUGUUUCUAGAAGUAAAUUUGUUGUGCAUAUUGUAUCAAACAUAUAAUUAUAUACUGUAAAAUAAUGUUAGCUUCCUGUUGAUUUCCAGCAGGAAACAUUUUUCUUUUGCAUAAUCAAUAUAUACAAAGGCUAAAUAUUUAUGGGGAUUUUUCAAGUUGGUUCUGUCUGUUUGUUGUUGUUGUUGUUGUUUAAAUGCUUAAAGAUGUUUAAGGGAGAAAUAAGCAUCUCUUAGUCUUGAAAUGUUUGGAGCUGCAUCUGUCCAUUCUGCUGUGUGUGCGCACUAUUUUAAUAAACAAUGUAAAGGCUGAGAA